UAUAACCAGAAAGCCUGUUCGCAGGACGUUCAAACAUAACAGGAACACUGGAGACCGCAUCGCUGUGCACGAACCAUUCCUGGAGACCAACUCUGGCUACAAAGACUUUAACGGAUUACUCUGGUUGUUUAUCUUCAUAUGACCGCGAGCAAACGACCUGAAGUGACCAUGGAUUUUCUCAAUCACAACUAUUUGAACGCGCGCAACCCCUACGACUACACUUUUAAUUUUUGGAACGACUAUCUCGGGCUCACCACGUUGGUGACGAAGAAUAACAAACUCAGCAUGCCUCAGAAUCCCAACUCCAUCACAGAGUCCCUGAAAGCCACGCUGGGUUUGGAUGACUCCCCGGCGUGUCCGUGCGUAAUCUCGGGAGGAGUUGGAGAAAACGGGCACCUGGACUGCUGCUGCCCGUCUGGAAGCCCCCCUCCGACCUCCAUCCUGGACCUGAAGGAGCGUUUCUCCAUACUGAGCCCCUUCCACAGCCAGCUCGGGGUGCAGCUGCCGGAGAGAGAGGUGGGUUUCGGUGGGAGCUUCGCCGGGUUCGACCUGUUCGGCAUGGAGAGGAAGAUGCGUAAACCCGCCUCCAGGAGCAAGCAAGAGCCCAAAAUCUGCGUCUUCUGCCGAAAUAACGGAGCGCCAGAGGAGGUGUACGGCUCCCACGUCCUGAAGACCCCGGAUGGGAGGGUGGUGUGCCCGAUUCUGAGGGCUUACACCUGCCCCCUGUGCAGUGCCAACGGGGACAAUGCCCACACGAUAAAAUACUGUCCGCUGUCUAAAGACCAGCCAUCCCAGCGACCAUUAAAGGGAGGGAGGGCUGUGGGGGGUAAGAGGAUGAAAAUAUUCUGAGCAGAUAUGGCUACAAAGUUAAAAUGAAUUGCACUGAACAAUUUCCAGAUGACUGUUUUGAUUUCGGCUCUAGCCUUUAUCCCAGUUUCAUAAACAUAUUGAUUUCCUCUAAGAUCUCUUAUAUUUUUAUAGUUAUCUUUUAUCCACAUAGAAUAAUGUUAUGCUUUAUACAUUGGAUUUAUUUUUCUUGCUAGUUCAUAGUCAUUUGAGCGUGUGUGCAUAUAAAUACAUACCAAUAAUCACAACGUGUGAAUACAUUUAAAGAGUAUUUUGGUCAUGUAGGGAAACACAGUGACAUUGGCAAAGGGGAUGAAUGUCAUAUUUCUUACCAAGUAUUUUUGUACAGUGAGCUAAGCUCGCUGCGAUUUUCUUUCUCGUCUUAGAAAACCAAAGUUAUGUUUGCCAUUAAAGAAGCUCAAGAAUGUGUCAUUCAUGAGUGCAUUUGUGCGUCUGAGUGGAGGAGGAACUCUUUGAUCCGGUCUGCCUGCCUCAAAAACUCCACCACAUAUUUUCCAACUUGCUCCCAAAAGUUGAUAUUCGAGGCAGGAAGAAAAAAAAAAGAGACAAUGUGGCCUCUGUUUAAGGCUCAUGUUCUCUAGGGAACAUUAUAAUCAAUUGUUGCCAAGCCAAACCUCUUUUCCAAUCCGAUGUUAUGAGAAUGUUAUCUGACUUCACAAGCAGUCAGAAAUGAGAUUUAUUACAUUUCUUUAUGUUUACAUUCCCAAAUAAGGGCGACACACUGGAUUUCCUUUCUCCGUCAGCUCUCUCUUUCUCUCUGGUGAUCUUCUUUCUUUUUGUUUUGAUUUGCCCAGACAAUGUACCCACCACAGAGAGUCCCAUGUACCUUACACUCUGAGCAUAGGGGGAACAAGAGCAAAUGAAUGUUCAAUAACAUGUGAUCCCAUUAUUUCUUUUCCUGAAGAAUCCAAAAAAGAUGCAAAAAUGUUGUGAAUGUAUGAUUGAAAGUGUCACUUGCAGGACUGCACAUUUAUGACAGUUUUGUUAACCAAAGGAAUACAAUUGCAUUGAAGAAAUAAGAGAGAUUUGCUGUAUUGUAUAUAAAGUGAUGUUUAUUCAGUAUUUUAACAUUACAAGUGACUUCAGAGGGCGCUACCUCAACAGGAUUUUGUACUUACAUGUCAAAUGUCAACAGCAGUUUAUUGAUAUAGUGCUGCCAUUUAUAAUAAGGGUUUUGAUAGUAUUUUUGAUCUUUGUAUAACAUAAUUGUAUUUUCAUUUCGUUGCAUUUAACAUUAUGGAAGUGAAUUUCCAAGAAGCUAUAAGCAUUGCUCGCCAAAAGGUGAUUGUCUGUACAUAAUGAUUAUACCCAUACUUUUUAAAGUUUAGUUGUUCAAUGUGACAUUCUUGAGAGUGUGCAAGGUAUUGAAAAAGGCUGACAAAAUGUGCCACUUUUAACAGAGGUUUUUUGGAUUAAAUGAAUAAUAGAAAAAAAAGAAACACUGUUGAACUUUGUUAUUUAUAUUUUACCACAAUUUCCUGUAUGCUGCUGUGCAGAAUAACAACAUAUGAAUCCACUAGAGAAAUAAAAACCUAUCAAAUAUU